UUUCUAGUUCUAGGCUGGAAUGGAGGAUUGGUUUCCUCUGUUUUGCGGGGCAGCUCUAGGUCUUGUGCUAUGGCGAUUGCUCGUCGUCUACGCAUUCACCGGGAAGCCGCGUGCGCCGGGCAGCCGGGCCUUCAAGACCCUCGUUGUUCUUGGAUCAGGCGGGCACACGGCUGAGAUGUUGAACGUCGUGGAGAUGCUUCGUCCGGAGAGAUACAGCCCCAGGAUAUACUUGGCUGCCGCGAGUGACAACAUGAGCUUGCCGAGAGCUCGAGCCGCGGAGGAGAAAUCGUCGUCUGCUGCUACUCUGGAUGGAUGUUUGCAAGGUGCUCGGCACUACCUCCAGAUUUACAGGAGCCGCGAGGUCGGGCAGUCGUAUCUAACGUCGGUGGUGACGACUUUGAUGGCCAUUGCGCACGCUCUGUGGGUUGUUUUCCGGAUCAGACCCGAUGUGGUUUUGUGCAAUGGACCGGGGACUUGUCUGCCAGUUUGCGUCGCAGCUUUCUUGUUGAAGGUUUUGGGACUGAAAUGGGCGACUCUGGUGUAUGUUGAAAGCAUUGCCAGGGUGCAGAAGCUCUCGCUCACUGGCCUCAUCCUAUACAGGCUUCACGCCAUGGAUCUGUUCUACGUCCAGUGGCCUCAACUCAAGGAGCGCUUCCCGAGGAGUCUGUAUGUGGGGCGACUAAUGUAGAUGGUUUUCCGGGAAAGCAGAUUGACAGGGAAUAUUUUUUUCUCCAGCGAGAAACUUAGAGGUCUGAAGCUAAAACCAAAGGUUUUAAUUCUCGAACAUGGCACAUUUGCUCCACACAUUUCGACUUUUUCUCGCCAAAAGUUUUUUUCCAGGCUCUAGAGGUUUCUUACGAGUAUUUCUUAUCACUCUCCACUUGGACAGUCUUAAAGAACCCCUUCCUUCCGUCUCGCCAGUCUUGAUCUUUCGUGUUAGCGAUAUCCCCAACACUCUGUAUGCCCCGGAAAAAAUGGCAAGCAAACUGCACGAAUCUGAGUGCACGGAGUUCUACCUGCAUGUUUCGAGACACAAGGCAGAGGGAGAACGACUCGCUGAAAGUCCGGAUAUGUCGACGUCUCUUCGAAGUCCCAGACGACGAGACUUGUGCGUUCCUCAGCCAUGACAAUGCUGCUGGGGUUCACGAGAAAACGAAACAUUUGAUAGAAACGAAUCAUGCGUUUUGCGAUAUUGGAUAUUUAGGACCAGCUGCGAGCGAUGGAAGAUUUUCUACAGCUAGUCAAAGAAUUUACGAGAAAAUUAAGAAGCCUGCAAGACGAAGAGGAAGCAGAUUGACUCAAGCAGCAACGAAAAGAGGAGUACGGACCGUUAAACUGUUCGCAAUGUUCACCGCGAUUAUGCAAGCGAAAUCGCGGCAAUAGCUGACAGUCGAAAACUCUACCACCUGCGGAACCAAAUGCCAAACACAUACAGACACAUUGAUCGUCGACUCAUUUCAGCCUUACCGAUAGUCUCCAACCCGAAAACUGCGGUGGUGAUCAUCGGAUCAGAAACGCUGAAGCUCAGAAAGAAUCUUACCAGGGGAACCGACGAAAUCUGCAACAACAACUGGCAGUUUGACUGGAACACUUCGACUUGAUUCACAAUCUAGAGCAACUUACCAGGAAGCAGAGGAGGAGCUUGACGGCCUGGAGGGUGGCGGCGGAGGUGGUGUCCUCCAUUCCGUGGAGGACCUGGAGUGGCAAGCCCAAGAGCGAGAAAGAGGAACAAGCAUGCGAUGAGCUGGAGUUUGUGAGCGGCCACUGCUGGAGCACUACAGUCGGGAAAGUUCUCUAUAUGUAUAGAGCAUUGCAAACACUACUGUUAGAACCUUCUAUGAACUAAUGUCCGUCUACUGCCAA